AUGGCGAAAAAAUGGUCACUUGUGACAAUUUGGUGAGGACUAAUGUCACAUGUCGCUGUGGCCUCUGGGUGGUAUGGUACACUCUCYGGAAGGUUUCAACUUUCAACCGCCAUGGCUGGAAUCUCUGAAUUGGGUUUGGAAUAUGAUAACCAUCAACGGCGUAUAGAAAACGAGAAAAUGGGAAAGAACCAUCGACCGCAACCGGCUUGGGGAGUCAGUCACUGAGGAAAGGAAACUUAAAAAUAUAUUUUCUUUGUUUUAUUGUCGCUCUCUCGCAUCUUACCUCUCUCCAGACCAGACAUGUCGUCGAAGGCACUCUCGAGGCUGGUUAAUCUUCGCAAGCAUUUUCAACACACAGACAAGGGCGAUAAAGAUGGUAAUGGUGGAUGCUACUUGAAGAUAUCACCAGAUGUUUCUGAGGCUUUAUCACGUGGGAAUGCAGUGGUUGCUCUGGARUCCACCAUUAUUUCACAUGGAAUGCCCUACCCUCAGAACUUACAGACUGCAAAAGAGGUGGAGAGUAUUGUAAGGGAGAAUGGAGCCAUUCCAGCUACAAUUGCUAUUUUGGAUGGUGUACCAUGCAUAGGUCUGAAUGAUGAAGAGUUGGAGAGGCUUGCAAAUCUGGGCACUAGAGCUCAAAAGACAGCUCGAAGGGAUAUUGCACAUGUUGUGGCUACCAGAGGCAACGGUGCAACAACAGUUUCUUCGACAAUGUUUUUUGCUUCUAUGGUUGGUAUUCCUGUGUUUGUUACUGGUGGAAUUGGAGGAGUACAUAGACAUGGUGAAUCUACAAUGGAUAUAUCUUCUGAUCUCACUGAGCUAGGAAGGACUCCAGUAGCAGUUAUAUCUGCCGGUGUAAAAUCAAUCUUGGAUAUUCCUAGAACCCUUGAAUAUUUGGAAACACAGGGAGUUACUGUUGCUGCUUAUAAGACCCAUGAAUUCCCAUCAUUUUUCACAGAAACAAGUGGCUGCAAGGUGCCUUGUCGGGUGAACAGCCCAGAGGACUGUGCUCGACUCAUAGAUGCAAACUUGAAACUCGGUCUGGGAAGUGGUAUUUUGAUUGCCGUGCCAAUUCCAAAAGAGCAUGCUGCCUCAGGAAGUCUGAUUGAGAUCGCAAUACAGAAGGCCCUUAAAGAAGCAAGAGAUAACAAUGUGACAGGCAAUGCUGAAACACCUUUCCUGCUUGCAAGAGUGAAUGAACUAACUGGAGGAGCCUCACUGGCUGCAAACAUAGCACUUGUGAAGCACAAUGCGUUUGUUGGUGCAAAGAUUGCAGUAGCUCUUGCCUACCUCAGGAAAUAGUUGGUAGGUGAUGCYGAGUCCUCAUAAAUGUAGGAAUAUGCUGGAGUCUUUCAUGGUCAGAAUUAUCUGAGAUAGUGUUUUAUAAUAGGAUGAGAUUCAAAAAUAAUAUAUGUGGUGGUUUCUUUACUUAUUUUUUUUUUCUUCUCUUUGUUUAACUUGUUCGUUUCCUUCUUAGUAGGGGAGGGGUUGUAUGAGGAAGGGGGUGUUCGUAAGGAAUGAUUAACGAUGGCCAAGUUUAUAAUUUGGAGUUAUGUCCAGUCAUUAUUGAUGGUG